AUGUUCUUCGCCUACCGUCGCCGUCGAAUCCAGAAAGAGCCAUCAUCGUCGCCGCCGCCGUUUCUUCUUCCUCCGCUGAAGUAUACUUCUGUAAGUCAUACUCAUCUAUCAAUCUAUAUACGCGUCUCUCUUUCCCUCAUACUCACUCUGUUUCCUUUUUUAUGGACCUUUCCGCCGCCUUCGUUGCCGCUGUCCGUGGUUGCCGCUGUUGUAUCGCACAACUUAUUCUCUCUCUCUCUCAACGCCGGUGAGCUAUCCCCCUUCCACUAUUGGCUCUCUCUUUACCCCCCUCAAACCGUCGCCUAA